GGCAGGAGGAGGUUGGAAGCACAGGAUAAUUGUGUCAGUAAUGAGCUCCGUGGCGGACGGAUCUGUUCUGAAUCACAGCAGCUGGCCAGGACUGGAGUCUGGAGAUGACAGCGGCUUACAUUUGAAGUGAAUCCCUGUUUUCAGCUGUCCUAGCGGAGCGGGUCAGGUCGUCCACAGGAACCCAUAACUCAGGAAGAGAUGGAGGAAGUUCACAGAGACGAACUCCACAGCAAUGUUAUGGUCCUGACAUUUAUCAUCUGCUGAAAACCUGCAGAGGAGGUAAAGCGCAGCAUGGUUUUAUAGAUCUGGAGAUGCUCCCACCUGAACUUGGUAUUACCAUCCUGUCUUACUUAAACGCCACUGAUCUGUGCCUGGCUGGCUGUGUGUGGCAGGACCUGGGACAAGACGAAUAUCUGUGGCAGGGGCUGUGCAAGUCCACAUGGGGACACUGCUCCAUCUACAACAAAAGACUACCUGCUGGUUUCUCAUAUCGAAGGCUCUAUCUACAGCUAGAUGAAGGCAGCCUGACAUUUAAUGCUAACCCACUGGAGGGUAUCAGCUACUUCAUGUCUAAAGGUAUUCUUGUGGAUCAUCCUAAAGAGUUGGCCAAGUUCAUAUUUUACACCAGACGUCUCAACUGGAAGAUGCUGAGGAUUUACCUGGAUGAGAGACGAGAUGUUUUGGACGAGUUAGUGACCCUUCAUAACUUCACUAACCAGUUCCUUCCCAAUGCUCUACGGGAUUUCUUCAGACACAUCCACGCACCUGAGGAAAGAGGAGAGUACCUGGAAACACUCAUCACCAAGUUCAGCCACAGGUUUUGUACCUGUAACCCUGGUCUAGUCCGUGACCUCGGCCUUAGUCCUGACGCUGUGUAUGUGCUGUGCUACAGUCUGAUCCUGCUGUCCAUAGACCUCACCAGUCCACAUGUGAAGAAUAAAAUGUCUAAGAGGGAGUUUAUCAGGAACACGCGCCGAGCAGCACAUAAUGUCUCUGAUGACUUUGUCGGCCAUCUCUACGAUAAUAUCUACCUGAUCGGACAUGUGGCCGCGUAGCUCUGCUUCCUGCACUGGUGGAGGCCUCAGUGACUGAAAAAGUGGAAAAAAACUUUGACAAAAUGAACUUUUUUUUUCCAUUUUUCACUUUCUGCAAGGAACAGAACGGUAUGUAGCAAACAGCCUUACCACUUCACUGUAGCAGCGUUUGUUCUACCAAAUAUUUGUAGUUCUUAGCUUUUUUUAAUGAAGGUGAAAGUGAAGGAGUUUCCUGACAGAGUGAAGAGCAAAGAAGACCACGUAGCUCUGAUCCUGCAGGGUCUGUGAAGAAACCAUGAAGAAGAGGAAGAGCGUGGACCUCAGUCUGAUGUCAGGACAGUUCUGUCUUUAGCACCUGAUGCUUCUUCUAACUUGUUGCUGGGCGAAGCUCAUCCCUUCUCACAAAGGACAGUAAAACAAAGUGUUUGUGAAACCUGCUUAUCUAAAGACAAUAUAAAGAUGGAGUCAAUCAGUGGAACCCUAAA